AAGGGUGAGAAAGUGUCAGGUCUGUUCCAAAGCCCAUGGAGGGUGAAAGGGGAGGUCACUUGGCUGUAGGUUGGAGCCCAAGGGUGCAUCUUGGGGAGAUUAGAAGGAGUAGGCCAUAGAGGCUCAGAAAGACAAGGGGAGCAGAGAACAUUGGAGGCUGUUGUGGCCUGAACAGUCUGAGGGAGGGAAGUGAUGGGACAUGGAUACAGGCAGAGAAGCUUGAUCCUGCUUCAAGCAGGGGGCUGGACUGGAUGUGAUUUCUGGAGGUCUCUUCCAGCCUGGCCUUGCUCUGUUUCUAUGACCCUGACCCCUCUGCUUUCUCUGUCAGACUAUAACUAUGAUAUACUCAACUUCAUCAAGGGCUGCACAACACCCUCCACCUGUACCAUGUUAGCAUGAAGCAAACUGGCCUUCACUGAGCUGGGUGUAAACCUCACCCAUUUCACAUGUUUGCAAGUCUUCCUCAAGGAUAGGGCAGCCUCAGGACCUUCCAGCAUACUGUGACCACCCCUCACUAGGCUUCUCUUGGUGAAGAUCCUGUCCUGAUCCCUUCCCAACACAACAGUGCCAGCCCUGAGUCUCCCUUCUGCAGCUGACACUUGCCUGGUGCUCUCAGUCUCUACCCCCAUUUGCACUUCUUUUUUUUUUAAAUAAAGCCAGUCUAUAGACAAUGCUUCUAAAAUCUCUUCCUUGUUCUUGUCUUUGGGUGGCCAGGAAAAGGGUUUCAAUGCCGGGAAAGGGAAUUCCGGAGGUCACCAUUUUGAAGAAGCUAUUUGUGUUCAUGGGAUAGGGAUUGGGCUUCUAGCACAGCUGGAAACCAGGCCUCAUGGUUUCUAUCCCUGGAUCUGGGAGGGACUGCAGACUCUAGUGGGAUAGGGAAGGUAGGGCUGGGAACCAGGACUCCUGGGUUCUACCCCUGGCUCUGGGAGGCCCCUCCCAACCCAACUAUCAGGGUCUGCAUGGAUACCUCACACCACCCCAACCUGACAUGGCUUCAUCUCCUCCCUACCCCCACUGCUUAGCAGCUCAGACCUGGGAUUGCACCAGAAGCAGGCCCCCGCACCACUGAGGAAACCACAUUGGUUCCUCUUCCUGCACCCGUUAGUUUGGAGUUCUUCCUGUUAGGAAGCGAAGCAUUCCAACACCGGUCACUUGGUCCCUGUGGGGAGAGAGUCCUGAAUCGUCUUGAUCUCUGUUCCCUGGAGGAUUCACUGGUCAGAGUGUUUUGCUGUAUCAAAGAUCAGCCCCCCACCAGAGCACCAGGCCACCCUUGGCUUCUGUGAUGAAGGCCACUGUUGCCUACCUCCUCCUUCUCCUCUCUGCUCUCCUGGCUGCAGGUGAGGGGCACCGUUCCCUAGUGCAACUCGUCUCUGUAUGAAAUGCCCAGUGCUGAGUUGGGGCUCCAUUGCCCCAUUGAAGUCAAAGAGGCCAAGUCCCCAGCAGCCCUCAGUGGCUCUGAGCUGUCCUGCAGGGAUUCCCUUUAGUUCAGGGUCAAGGGACUGGGAGGUGACAGGGGAGUGGGGCUAGGGCUGGGGCUUCCUGUACAAGCCUGGAGUCAGGAAGGGGCCUGAUCCUGAUGGAGCUUUUUCUCUUCCCCUCUCCAGGGACUUGCCUGCAGUGUGAGGUUUGCUUAGGUCUAGGCAUGAACUGCAGUGGCUCAAUACAGGAGUGCAAUACUGGAGAAAAUACCUGCUUCCAUGCACUGAUAGAAUCAUCUACCAAUGGCCAAAAGAAGUCCAUCCAGGCUAUCAGGGGCUGCGUGACCUCCCGUGUCUGUGGAUGGAGUCCAGCCAUCUUUCAUUCUGAAGUGAAAUAUAAGGUAGCCUUCACCUGCUGCACUGGGGACUCCUGCAGGACCACCUUCCCACAAUUGCCUGAAGAGAGCUUCAUCCCCAACGGGCUGUACUGCCCCUGUAAACCAAAGGUGGAAUCAAAUUAUUGCAAUAACGCAUGGUUGGCUUGCACUGAAGAGGAGUCUCAGUGCUUGAACUUCACCGAGACAUUGACUUUUGGUCUUGCCAAGGUCCAAAACUCCAUCACGGGCUGUGCAACACCAUCAGCCUGCAACACUGAAGACAUGAACAAAAAAAUCUUGGAAAAACUUGGUUUCAGCAUGGUCCAACACACGUGCACACAAGCCUCCAGAUUGCAAAGCUCAGCUCCAGGGAACACCAAGCUUCUUCUCCCAGUCUUCAUUGGGCUGAUCCUAGCAAGGCUCCUCGCCUGAGCCUCAGUCCAUGAGAUGGCAACAGAGUCACCAGUCCCUGCUCUGCAACCUCCCUGUACUGGUGCCCUCAGCCUCCUCACAGGUUUGCUUCCCUGAUGAUUUGUUCCAGGAAAUAAAAGGAAUCAGGAAAGAGACUUUUUGAGCUGCCUUGUCUCUAUUUGCAUUUUGGGGGUGGUAUUUGCAGGAGGGGGAAGAGGAUUCCUCCAGGGGGUGCUCUCGAGGAGAUCCUGAGAUGCUUAGAGCCUCCUAGCAGUGGUAAUUGGCAACACCAGCUGGAGGAACCUCUUAUGGGUUCCAGCCAUAGCGGGUCUCUCCCUGGCAGUGCCCCCUGCAGGAGGAGGGUUGGGACUGGCAUCCAAAAAUGGUUGAUUAUGGGCUAUCGGAAAGGGAAAAUUUGGGAUGGAUGAGGAGACAUGACCAAGAUCUUGCCUCAGAGGAGGCUGCUGUGAUGAUAGGUCCAGAACAAACUGUUAUGCCUCUUGGCACAGACAUCAGCUGGCGGGGCACAGGGAGGGCCUUUCUCUCUAGGAAUUAAAAGCCUUUGUUUCUCUCAAAUAGGGUCUCCCUGAGGAGAAGACAGCCUAAAUAGAUUGACAGGGGAGAAGGGAUUUGUAGGGAGAGUCCUUGCAAUUCUCAUAGUAUUUUAGUGGGGAUGGGGACUGUGCCCAGCCUUGCUGGAUAAGGAGGUAUCUCCUGGUGAAGAUCCUGUUCUGAGCCCCUCCCCACACACCAGUGCCAUGGCCCCAAAUCUCCCCGCUGCAGCCAGCCCCUGCCCGGUGCUUUUGGCCUCAACCCACUAAAUUUAUUUAAAAGAAUAAGAGACUGCAUUUAUUUAAUAGAAUAAGAGACAAUGAGGGUUGAUUGGCCCUCAGGAGGUCACAUCAAU